GGUCCCCUGGCGGCUCCUGCCUCAGUUACUUACCUUAGUUACCCACGUGUAGACCUCUGCACCCACCUACUUGGAAGAUUGUACCAAGAGAAAGUGUAGUGUUUUGACAGUAUAUAGAGAGAAUACAGUGAAGCACAGAUUAAGUUGGACAUAGAACAUAACACCACAGACAGACCAGGAUGUAUGUAAAGCAGUGGAUAAAAGGCUAUAACAAAGGAUGGAAUAAUUGAGAAGUAAACAUUCAAAAAAGCCUUUGAAAAGGAGAAUAGUGAGAGAAAGGAGGUGAGAAAGAGAGGUGGGGAGAGGGAGGGGCCAAAGGUACCACAGUCAGUAACAGUUGCUGUGGUAACACAGCUACCACAGCACCUGUGUUGCUCUCUGCGCUCCCGGCUACACUUUCCGCAGCCGCCAUGUUGUCCAGACUAAGAAGACAGGCCAAACAGCGGCUGUCUGGCUCAAGCCAUCGCUCCGUCAAGUUCGAAGAUGGUGUGAAAGGUGGUGACGACGAUGUCGUUUCAGCGACGCCACCCGACGCCACCGACGCCGCUGCCCCUACCGUUAACGGAGAGCUGGAGGACCGCUCCGGUACCCCCACUAGCGGCAUGGAAGUGGGCGUGGCCUCGUACACCUCAGGGCGAACCGUGGGGAGUUCCCCAGACCGGGGGCGGGGCCCCCCAAGGGGCAACCUACACGUAGAGUUCGCACAGAUUGGGGAAGUGAAGGAACGUAAGGAGAAGUACCUCACAGCCAAAUAUGGCGCCCACCAGAUGUCGCUCAUCAGAAAGAGGCUCGGUGUAGAAAUGUGGAUGUUCGACCAGCUACAAACACUCUAUCCUUCACCGGAAGGUAAAAAUGAGGAGAAGGAGCUGGACCUUGAUGAACUACUUGAUGUUGAGGGAGAAUUAAAACGUAAGAAGUAUUUAUGGGACUCCUUGGCGGACUGCAAACAAUCCAAGGAUAAAGUGGAGAAAUUUAUUGCUGAAUUAUUGGAACGAGCAACAACUCUGUAAGAAACUAGUGACAUAACUUGUGUGUGUCAAGUGUGCUUGAGGCUCCAACAUCCUGUGUUUUAUUGGGGAGGAAACAUACCUCUGGGUUGUGUCUAACAAGUGCUCUUUAGCACUUUUAGUGGAAGUCUAAUAAGUGGCAAAAAAAAUGUACAGUAUUUCACAGUGAAUUUAUAUUAGGAUGACAUCAUGUGAUAUCUGUCAUCCCACACAACUGUGAUGCAACUCUGGCAAUCCAGAAAAAAAUGAGCUGAAUUGGAUAGCUCCUUGGAGUGCUGGAGCUAAAAUGGAAUAAGAUUUUAUUUGGACAGUUUAGAAGUUGGUCUCAGUGCUGGUUGUAUACAGAUACUUUAUAGCUUUGGUACGAUUGUGUAUUGCUCAGUUGGUGACUGUCAUUUUAUGUAUUUUUUUUUUUUUUAUGAGCCAUCAGCAAAUGAAAUUGACACAAUAUCUAUUUUUUCCAUCAACUCGUAACUAUCAGUGUUUUAUAUUUUGGCCUACUGUCAUCGCAAAGUAAACUCCAAAAGAUUAGCAUAGGGAUGAUGAUGUAAGCUGGUAAUAUGAUAAAGUAGCUCCCUAGUCUUUGGCAUUAACUGGAAAAAAAGUUUGUCAGUUUACUUACUUAUUGCAGUAACAGUCACUCCCAAAGUAUGCAAGAGAUUUGGAAUCAUAAUGAAAGUUAUGGUUUAGUUGUUAUAAAACGAAAAGGAUGUUAUAGGGAAGUGCUUAUCUUAUGGCCAUGUUUCUUAACACCACUCGUGUACUAUAUUAAUUUUGUAUGUAAACUUUUUCAGUAAAAUACACCUAAUGUGAGGUUUUUAAUAAUUUUUUAAUAUGUAGUAUAUUGAAGGUGGAAAAUGUCCCUAAUUAGAGCACUUCCCUAGACUGGUGCUUUUUUUGUAAAAGAAAUAGCUCUACCUUCAUAAUGAAAGCUAGUACAAGAAUCUUUAUCACUUAUAUUUUAACUUUAGUGUUAAUGUCUUCCUUAGUUAUUAGACAGUUAUGAUUUUUGGCAUAUUUUAUGUAUUGUACUUUUAAAGAUUAUAUUUUGAUGAAUUUUAUUGUUUAAUAGGUUAGGAGUAUGUAUUGUGUGCAUUUAUUGACAUUUUAAUUUGGUGUUUAUUUCAAUCUGUUGUAAAUUAUUCUUGUCAGUAUUCAGGCUUGACUCGUUCUAAUACUGCUAGUAAGCUGCACUUUAGAUUUGAUUUCAAAUAGGCAAUUUUUUUUUUUUUUUUAUUUUGCAGUUAGAGAAAUUAAGCUUAAGCCUAAAGACCCCAUCCAUUGUUAUAUCUUGACGUCCUAUCACAGUGAAUUUCCAGCACAAAUUACUUCAAGUCCUCUUGCCUUUCACAUGGUAAAAAUUGUAGUAGUAAGGCUUGAAGUGCUUGGAGAAUAUAGCUAGUGAAUGCAGUACAGUACUUCCAUAAUUGCCAUUUUCAUAUUCAUGACUAAGGAAGUUACCCAGUAUAAAUUAAGCCCAGAUCAAAAUUACCAAGAACGGCAUGCCGAGUUGUAAUAUUGAAAGUGAAGUGAUAUCAAAAUAUAUUUUGAGACUUAGGUGUCAAUAUAGCAAUUCCUAAUUUUUUUUUUUUUUAAGAAAAGCAGCUUUAUUGACAUUAUAUUUAGUCUCAGAAUGAAUGAUCACAUACUGUAAGUCUCUCACUUGGGCCACAGUCUCCCGAGGUGAGAAUAUUCAAACUACAGUACUUGUUUCAUAAAUGCAAGACAUUGAAUGUCCUUAGAGAGUACAUGAUACACUUGUAACAGGCUACCUGUUAGAUAAUAAAUUUUUUUUUGCGAUAUGAAAGAUUGCAGGAUCUCAUAAGUUUGACCCUUAACUCAAGAAAAAUCAUAAACAUUUAGAUUUGAUGUGAAUGAGUUGCAGCAUUUUAACCAUAUACAAAAUUUAAAAUAUUUAAUUGCUAUAAAUGUGUUUCUUUCAUUGGGUAAAGAAUUUAAAAUAAAUCUUUGUAUUUAUAAUUUUCUUCAAAAAAUUAGGACAAUAAAUAAUGACCUAAUAAGACAAUACCAUACAUUUCCAAGAAGCUCUCUUCAUGAAGAACAUGUCUUCUCAUUGUAUAAUUAGAGGUACAUGUUUCUUUACCCAUGUUUACCCAAGAAUAAGUAUGAAAGCAUUGUCAGGCAUGAACAGUGUUGCAGUGAAUUACGGGUGUCCAGCCCAACGUUUGAGAGAGACAAUAAAGCUAAAUAAACGUAUGCUAAUUUU